UACGAUAUUUGUUAUGCGUCUGCUACUGCUGGUCGCUGUGACCGAAAAGUCCAACAAAAGUUACAGAGCAGAGUAGGGAAAAACUACGAAAUAAUGGCAGGGAUACGAGACAGAUAUGAGGACAUUCUGGACCCCCGACGGAAAGGAUCAUCCAUCCGGUUCGCAUUGCAGACAUUGCAAAAUCUACCAGAAUACAAGCAUAUGCGCCGACAGACACCCAAAGAAGUGAAAGAAGAGGUCCUAAAGUCUCAGCGAUUGAGGCAUGUUAUUGAACAGCUUGUAUCAGAGAAAGGUUUAGAGGAGGAUGUAAUCUACAAGGAAGCAGACGCCAUCCUAGAGGAGAUGGGGCACAACCUCAACAUGACAACGCUGCGUUCCCUAGCAACCAUUUUUGCCAAAAUCUUUUGUAAACUCUUCAGGCACGUUUACGUCAACCAAAGUGGAAUUCAAAAGAUGAGAGCAAAGAUGAAGGAUACUCCGGUUGUGCUUCUGCCAACCCAUCGCAGCUAUCUGGAUUUUCUUCUGAUGUCUUACAUCCUCUUCCAUUUUCAUCUUCCUCUUCCUUAUAUUGCUGCAGGAGCAGAUUUCAUGCAUAUGAAGUUUGUCGGUGAGAUCUUGAGGAAGUGUGGUGCAUUCUACAUCCGACGAUCGUUCGGCUCGGACCGUCUCUACUGGGCGAUCUUCACCGAGUAUGUCCAGAUAAACCUCAGCAACAGCGAAGGUCCUCUGGAAUUCUUCAUCGAAGGAACCAGAAGCCGCACAGGAAAGUUCUUAUCGCCCAAACUAGGGCUGUUGUCUGUUGUUAUUGAACCAUUCCUAAAGGGUGCCGUUCCCGACGUCACCCUCGUGCCUAUUAGUAUGAGCUAUGAGAGGAUAGUAGAAGAGAAACUACAUGCCCAAGAGAUGUUAGGCAUACCCAAACCUAAAGAAUCAACUUCAGGUUUGGUGAAAGCUAGGAGUAUUUUUCAAGAGGAUUUCGGGAGCAUAGUUGUUCAUUUCUGCGAUCCUAUUUCUUUGAGAGAUCAGAUGAAGUCCAUUGAUCGAUCAAGGCAUAAUCUUAUUCCUAGGUUCAUGUUCUCGGCAAUGCCAGAAGAGCAGGCGACGAUAGGCAGCGUUGCCCAGGCAGUACAGGAGGUGCAACGGGACCACAUCAUCAUGUCACCGUGGGUGCUGUGCGCAGCAUGCCUGCUUCAACAACCUGAUUCCUACAGUGUAAGGGAACUAACAAGCCAAGUGACGUGGCUCAAGGACAUGGUCAGGCAGUACAGCAUUCAAGUGGGGCCAAUUGGUUGGGGGUCACAUGACAUCAUCAAUUCAGCAUUCAAGAUCCACCACAGCCUCGUCAAACAGCACAAAGAUGGCCGCGUCGCGUUGAGUCGCUCCCUCUACAGUCCAGAUGCCACUGUAGAUACAUCGACAAUAGAGGGCGUUCUGACGCAUGCAGCUGUUCACAUGGACCUAGCUAUGUAUCGCAAUUACCUGGCUGCAUCCCUCGCUUCACAGGGGAUGUUAUCCCUUUCUUUCUGUGGCUUGGACAAAUGCUCUCAAGAUGAGCUUUAUGAGCAGUAUCAGUUCCUUUUCAAGCUGUUUACUGAAGAAUUUACAUCAAAUCCCAUUCAUUCACAACAGAAAUUUGAGCGCACUCUCGCCAUAUUUGUUGCUUGUGGGACAUUGGAGAAUGACAGAGGAGAAGUGAGAAUAACCGCUAAAGGAGAGAGAGAGAUUUCUUUCUUUACUGAGAUGAUGUCACCUUUUCUGCUCGGAUACUGGCUGGUAUGUCAGUACCUGAUUGUGCAUCCCUCAUCGUCUCCUCAAGGUGUUCCUAUCAAACAAAUAGCUAAAGAUAUCCAGAUGAAGAUAGCAACCACCAUCUCGCAAGGUAAAUUGCAUCACUAUGAGAUACUUUCUCUGAAUCUACUGACCAAUGCAUUGACUGCCCUUACACAAAUAGGAAUCCUAGUCAGAGAAAAGAGUAACAACGGGCCUCUCAUCUCAUGGUCUGCAGAGCCAGUAUCUAGGAUUGCAGACAAGAUUAGCGAGUUUAUUCAGGUGCCUACAGACAUUACAUCGUUCUCUCAGAAAGGUGAAGUAGCCCUUGCAGCCAAAUUAUGAAACCCUUCACUAAUUGCACCUUUGACAUUGGUUUCAUGUUUGAAUAAAGCAAAGUUACAGGCAGUCAAGGCAUUCCCUCUAUGAGGAUUGUACUUGCGGAUGACCAUGAAGCUUCCACAGAGUAAGAGGCAAGUUUACCAAGUGAUCUGUAAGAGUUUCUACCUCCAAUUUGCUACAGUAGUCUGUGCGGUGAAUUGCCACUUGGUCCAGACCCACUUUGUCUACUUUCCAUUCGGUCCCAUCCCACAUGGUCUAAUGCUAGUUCAUCUAUUAAAGGAAAAUGAAACCUUUGGAACAAGAUAGGUUGUGGGAAAACAGAAAAGUCAAAGAAACAGAUCAAGGAAAGUUUGAGAAAAAUCUAAUGAAUAAUAAAAAAGUUGUGAGUUGUGGCACAUGAGCAUAUUGAUUUUAUAUGUCUCAACAUCCCAGUAAGUAUUUGAAGUUUAAAUCAUUAUUGUAAUGUAGAUCCUCCCAUUGGCAAUGUGACAAGGAUGUGUGAUGUCACAUGUGAACAACUGUCCCGUUACUUGCGUAUAUAUUUCACUUAAAAUUCCUCUUUCAUCACAUCUAUCAGUAGAUCAUGAUUUCUUCCUAUAAGAGGGCUUGUAAAUACAGAUUUUCAAGGGAUCGAUCAUGAAUAAAGAGUUUGUAUCACCAUAAGAAAGAGUAAAAAGAGGCAGGUUGGGGUAUUUUAUAGUCCAUCAAAGGGAA